UUCAGAAUUAUUAUCGAAACAUUAACCAAAUGUCCGACAAGAGCAGCAGUCCAUUGAACAGCAAUUGGUCCAACCAGACUAACCACAGACAAGCGAGGUUUGAGGAAGAAUCCACAUUCUAUCUGCAUGAAACUACCAGGAAAGGAGGGUCAGUUGGCAAUGGGAAUGUGCCACAUCUUCAGAGCACAGGUGGCCGUUAUCCAAGGUAGUGCUUAGAGUGAAGUGCCACUGAGGUUACUGAAGUGAUUAUCAAUAGCUCAUUGGAUGCUCAACCACAUCGUUCAUCGACCGCAAUGAGCAAUAGGGGCUACGCUGAAACACAACAACGCCAACUUAGAGAUCAAUCCUAUGGAAGGUUAUUGCACCCUCAAUACCAGUCUCUGUCCAGUGCACCAAGCCACAGUUUUGAACCAAGGAAUUUUGGGGACUUUGGGGCAAUUUAUGCCAGUCAAGUUCCCAGAGUCAGUGCCACCGGACUACCUCCACCUCCACCUAAAGGCAUGAAUGUUGUCUCUCUCCCAGACACAGGAGAAACAAGUAACCCAGGGACAUGGCGAGGGCAGGUUUCUCCAUAUCAGUCAACCCCAAGGCUUCAUCCUGUUGCUUUCGACCAACCCCCUCCAAACAAUCUUCCGACAAAUAAUCCAGAGACACGGCAAUGUCAAACCUCCCCACAGGCCUACCAGUCAAGCUUAAGGGUUCGGCCUGUAACUUUCAACCAACCGCUUCCAAACACUUUUUCGACGUCAACAAGUACCAUCAGCUCAUUCCCCGCCGCCCCAGAAGGCAUGAAUUUUCACUCCCUCCCAAGCUGCACUAGAGAGUGUAAUAGUGCGGAGUCGUGGCGCGGUCGAGCUUCCCCCCACCACGCUAGCCCUAUAACUACUUCAAAGCGACCUACUCCGCAGACUCCUGUAGUGUCUGCCAUCUCUUUGCCAGACGUUGAUGAAGAGGACAAGACACAGGAGGAGAGGGAGUCCAGAAACAUUCCAAAUUGAUGGACUUGAUUUGCAAUAUUACUGGUCAUAUAUAUUGACCGUUGUAUUUUUAUUCGAUCCUCCAUGCUUUCCCUGCCCGAUGAAUACAUAGAUUUCACCCUUGUACGAGUAGAUUUGAUUAACCCAUAAUGGGCCGAGAACUGCCCAAUUUUCGCAGCUGGCGCGAUACUGAAUCCGAACGUCGCGAAAACUUCAGGUGGAAUAAGGCCUUAUGGGUGCU